GGACCAAAACUAAAAACAUAAAUAAAAUAAAAAUAAAUAAAGAGUGUGGAAAAGAAAAGUAAAUGGGAAGCAACGACGACGACGACUGAGUCAUCUCUCCUCCUCCUCCGUUCCCCACCUCUGAAGCUAAUCGGAGCUAAAGCUUUGUCGUGUUGCGUUAUUGAUUACUUUACUGGUGGUGAGGUUUUGAUUCCUCUCUGAUCCUUUUAACUUUGUCCAGUACCCGAAGUCAAGGUUUCAGCUCAAAUCUACUGCCUUUUGGGACCUAUGAAGCUCUAGGUGUAUGUUGAAGUGAUUCAAAGACAUACCACGUAACACGAGAUUGGAAAAAAAAAUGCUUGAGGGACCUAAGUUCGAUAUGCUCGCUGUAGGCAAUCACCACAACUACGAUGCAUUCACCCAAGACUUUUACAAAAAGCUCGGUGAAGAAGGUACAAACAUGUCCAUGGACAGCAUGCAGACGAGUAACGCAGGAGGCUCUGUGUCGAUGUCUGUGGACAACAGCAGCGUCGGUUCUAGCGACGCUCUUAUCGGCCAUCCCGGUCUGAGGCCUAUGCGCCAUCCCUACUCUCUCUCCGUUGGUCAGAGCGUGUUUCGUCCGGGAAGAGUCACGCACGCGCUUAACGAUGAUGCAUUAGCGCAAGCGUUGAUGGACAGUAGAUAUCCGACGCAGGGACUUGCGAACUACGAAGAGUGGACGAUAGAUCUGAGGAAACUCCACAUGGGACCCGCUUUUGCGCAAGGGGCGUUUGGUAAGUUGUACAGAGGGACUUACAACGGUGAGGACGUGGCGAUUAAGCUGCUGGAGAGGCCAGAGAACAGCCCCGAGAAGGCGCAAGCUCUUGAACAGCAGUUUCAGCAGGAGGUCUCUAUGCUCUCGUUUCUGAAGCACCCCAACAUCGUCAGGUUCAUCGGCGCGUGCGUUAAACCGAUGGUGUGGUGCAUCGUGACUGAGUACGCGAAAGGAGGUUCGGUGAGACAGUUUUUGACUAAGAGGCAGAACCGAGCUGUGCCUUUGAAGCUGGCUGUUAAGCAGGCGCUGGAUGUUGCCAGAGGUAUGGCUUAUGUCCAUGAGCGCAACUUUAUACACAGGGACUUGAAGUCGGAUAACCUCCUCAUAUCAGCUGAUCGGUCCAUCAAGAUUGCUGAUUUUGGCGUUGCGAGAAUCGAAGUUCAGACCGAAGGGAUGACACCUGAAACUGGGACUUACAGAUGGAUGGCCCCAGAGAUGAUUCAGCAUAGACCCUACACUCAAAAAGUGGACGUCUAUAGUUUUGGGAUCGUGCUGUGGGAGCUGAUAACUGGUCUGUUACCGUUCCAGAACAUGACUGCGGUUCAAGCUGCGUUUGCGGUGGUGAACAGAGGAGUUCGUCCAACGGUACCAGCGGAUUGUCUCCCUGUGCUUGGCGAGAUCAUGACGCGUUGCUGGGAUGCAAACCCUGAGGUCCGUCCUUGUUUUGCAGAGGUUGUCAACCUUCUUGAGGCGGCUGAAACCGAGAUAAUGACGACUGCUAGAAAAGCGCGUUUCAGAUGUUGCAUGACGCAACCAAUGACAAUCGACUAGUCUUUUGUGAUGAAGAAAAAGAGAGAAGAAGAGAGGAAUAAUAACAAAGAAGAGAACAGAGAAAGAGAGAAGAAAAGCUUUAGAUAUAUGUAAAGUUUGUGUGUAUGGGAUAAUAUAAUAUCCGUUUGUCUCUCUUUUCCCAAGAUAGGAGAAGUAACCCAACCAUUUUAGACUCUACUGAUUUUCUAGAUUUUGUAUGCAAAAACAUGUACUGUGACUGUCUCAAGUGUUUGGUUUAGUUUUCCUUGACUUCCUGGUUCCCUA